CACUCACGUGUUUUUUGUAAUGAUCAGCGAGGCGAAAAAUAGAGCGAUUUGCAAAAGUUUAAUUUUGAGUUCAGCGGUAUUAUUUAGUUACCUUGUUUUCAUGAUGUGAUUUCUUGGUUAAUUCAUGUGCUACAUAAUUGACCAAUUAUUUCAAUUUAUUUAUGAACUUUAAUUAUAUUAACCUACAGUAUCAAAACAUAGUGGCACUAUAAUAACAACAUUAGUGCAAAAUAUACAAAUUGAUUAUAUUUUAGUAUACCUAGCUCAUUAUGGCUAGUUCACUAAAAGAAGUGUAUGAGAAAACAGCUGCAUAUGAAGCAUUCUAUACUGGUGGUGAUGUACAAUGGACUACGGAUGGUGGAAAUUUUCUUUGCCAGUGUGAUGAUGUCAUUAAAAUCAUUGAUGUUAAUACCGUCUGUAACACUCUCACUAUCGGAGACACAACAGAGGAUAAAGAUGGAACUGAUCAGAUAUAUACUUUCAAAAUGUCACAUGACAAUAAAACUGUAAUAACUGCACACAAGAGUGGGUUAAUCAAACUAUGGGAUAAAGAAACUGGUAAACAGCAAAAAGUUUGGAGAUCAGGCCACAAGGGAGCUGUUGCUAAAUUAGCUUUUGACUCCAGUGACGCCAAUGUCGCAUCAGGAGGGACAGAUGGAAAUAUAAGAUUGUGGGAUAUUACACAUAAUACUUGCACUAGUAGUCUUAAAGGAGCAGUAGGUGUGUUUACAGUUUUAAAAUAUCACCCUGAUUCCACAAAACGGCUCAUAUUUGGAGCUGCAGAUGAUACAAAAAUAAGGUCAUGGGAUUCUAAUACUGGUAAAGACAACUUGAUAUACAAUGGACAUUUUAGUAAAGUUACUUCACUGCAAUUUACACCUGAUGGAGAAUAUAUGAUAAGUUCUGGAAGGGACAGAGUUCUCAUACUAUGGAAGUUAGGUGAAAGUAAAUCUUUAAGAGUAGUGCCAGUAUAUGAGAGCAUUGAAACAACUAUUCUUAUGCCACCUUCUUUUAAAAUACCAAAUUUUAAGAAGAAACUUGAAACUGAAGGAAUUUAUGUUGCAUGUGCUGGUGAAAAGGGUGUUGUUAAAAUAUGGAAUGUACAAAUGAGCAGACUUAUGUAUGAACAGUCUAACAGCCUAGUAUCUCCUGCGUCUGAAGAAGGUGGAUUGGCAGUGACACACUUGUUGUACAAUGAAGCGAGAAAUAUGUUUUCUAUUGCCACAGCUGACCAUAAUAUUAUAAUUCAUGAUUUAGAAACAUUUACAUGUGUGAAACAAAUGAUUGGUUUCACAGAUGAAAUUUUAGAUAUUAUAUUUGUUGGAAAGGAUGAAACACACAUUGUUGUCGCAACCAACAGUAGAGACUUAAAGUUUUAUGAACUAAAUAGUAUGAAUUGUAAGUUAAUCAAAGGUCAUACUGAUAUUGUCUUAGCUUUGGCAAAUUUUCCCACUAAACCAAAUGUUUUUGUUUCAUCUGGCAAAGAUAACUCUGUAAGAGUUUGGUUUCAAGAUGAAGAAAAUGAAAUUAAAUGCUUUGGUAUAGGUUCUAGACAUACUGGUUCUGUAGGCUCCGUUUUCACCUCACAGACUUCUGAUAGCUUUUUUGCUUCAGUUAGUCAAGACAACUGUCUAAAAGUGUGGACUGUACCCAAGGAAUUAGACAUUGCUGAUCAAAAAAUUAAAUCAAGCCACACUGAAUUGGCUCAUAAUAUGGAUAUAAACUGUGUUGCUGUAUCACCAAAUGACAAAAUAAUAGCAACUGGCUCUCAGGAUAAAACUGCAAAAUUGUGGACUGAAGAUCUAUCCUUAUUGGGAAUAUUAAAAGGUCAUAGAAGAGGGAUAUGGUGUGUCAGAUUUUCAUAUGUGGACCAAGUUGUUUUAACUUCUUCGGCUGAUUGCACAAUAAAAUUGUGGUCAAUUGCAGAUCUUAGUUGCUUAAAAACAUUUGAAGGUCAUGAAAGUUCUGUUUUGAAAAUUGAAUUCUUAAGUAAGGGACAGCAAAUAGUAUCAAGUGGAGCUGACGGUCUUUUAAAACUUUGGGAUAUUAAAACUUCAGAAUGUAGAAUGUCUCUAGAUAAUCAUGAUGGCAAAGUUUGGUCAUUAGCUGUCAAUAAAAACGAGUCGCUCAUCAUAACUGGAGGAUCAGAUUCUAAGCUAGUUACUUUAAAGGAUGUGUCAAUGGAAAGACGCGCAACGUUGGCAAAGGAGAGAGAGAAUCUUAUUCUACAAGAGCAAGAGCUUAUGAAUUUGUUACAUGACAAAAAGUUAGUUAAAGCUCUUAAAUUAGCAUUACGAAUGGAAAGACCUUUGCAUGUGCUGAAGAUUGUUAAUGAAGUUUUGAAAUUCGGUCAAAAUAAAUUAUCAGAAACAUUAAAAGAAAUAAAUAAUACACAGAAAGAAACACUGCUAAGAUUUGCCACAGAAUGGAAUACAAAUAACAAGAACUGCCAUGCUGCUCAGCUUGUAUUUUAUAUUUUAGCUCCUGAAAUUAUUUCAGGCAGCCUCCAAGUGUCAUCUUUAGCGAGCCUCGUAGAAAGUUCAUUGCCUUACACUGAAAGACAUUUUGAAAGGUUGACAAACUUAUUGCAAGACCUUAACUUUAUUUCUUACACUGUUAAUUGUAUGCAACCUCAUGCUGUUAAAAAUGUUGAAUAACAUUAGGGUAUACCCCAA